AGAAAAAAUUUAAAUUUUUAGGGUUGCCGCACUCACCUCAGAUCCUUCUCCCCCAUCGUCUUCCACAGUUCCAUUGCAGAGGAAACCCUAAAUGCUCUUAAACCUCCAACACACUGCACUGCACUGAACAAAGAGGUACGAACUCGAGGCUUCUUUCGAUCCGAACAACAAUAAAAAGUAAUUUCUGGGUGGCGGAUUCGAAGGAGGCUAUUUUAAGAAGAAUCUUCCAAGAACCCUGGAUUGCCUAUGGUUCAAUAAAGAUGGUAUUGCUGAAAACUCUUAGGCGAGAUAAUGAAGCUAGGGCAUGACUUCAUAAAGAAGUUUCAGGUUAAGGACCAUCUUUCUAGUGAAGCUAGCAAAGAAGUUUGAUACAUAAAAAUCGAACAACACCAAAGCGAUUUGUAUUUUCAUAUAGAUUGAACCGAUCUACUAAGAGUUGCCACAAUGUCGAGGAAGGGCUUGAUGGAGCAGGAUUUAAGCAAGCUGGAUGUAACAAAACUAAAUCCACUAUCGCCUGAGGUGAUUUCUCGCCAGGCCACCAUUAACAUUGGCACCAUUGGGCAUGUGGCUCAUGGGAAGUCUACAGUUGUGAAGGCCAUCUCUGGUGUCCAGACCGUUCGCUUUAAAAAUGAACUGGAACGUAAUAUUACUAUCAAGCUUGGGUAUGCCAAUGCCAAGAUAUACAAGUGUGAAGAGGAUCGAUGCCCUCGGCCUAUGUGUUACAAGGCGUAUGGAAGUGGGAAAGAAGAUAGUCCAAUGUGUGAUGUCCCUGGAUUUGAGAACUGUAGGAUGAAAUUGCUUAGACAUGUGUCUUUCGUUGAUUGUCCGGGUCAUGACAUUCUCAUGGCUACAAUGCUUAAUGGAGCAGCAAUUAUGGAUGGAGCGUUACUUCUAAUAGCUGCCAAUGAGAGUUGUCCUCAACCUCAGACAUCUGAGCAUUUAGCUGCUGUGGAGAUAAUGCGUCUCCAACAUAUCAUAAUACUUCAAAAUAAAGUUGAUCUUGUUCAGGAAAAUGUUGCUAUCAACCAGCAUGAAGCCAUUCAGAGGUUCAUUCAGGGGACUGUUGCAGAUGGUGCGCCAGUGGUUCCAAUUUCUGCGCAGCUGAAAUAUAACAUUGAUGUUGUAUGUGAAUAUAUUGUGAAAAAAAUCCCAAUCCCAGAGAGGAACUUCACAUCGCCACCAAAUAUGAUUGUGAUCCGGUCUUUCGAUGUCAAUAAGCCUGGGUCUGAAGUUGAUGAAAUUAAAGGUGGUGUUGCUGGCGGUAGUAUUCUUAAGGGUGUUUUGAAAGUGAAUCAGUAUAUUGAGGUCCGUCCUGGAAUUGUUGUCAAAGAUGAGAAUGAUAACAUCAAGUGCACCCCUAUAUACUCCAGAAUAGUAUCAUUAUAUGCUGAGCAGAAUGAACUGCAAUUUGCUGUUCCUGGAGGCCUUAUUGGAGUUGGAACAACAAUGGACCCCACACUUACUCGUGCUGAUAGGUUGGUUGGUCAGGUUCUCGGAGAAGUUGGAUCUCUACCUGAAGUAUAUGUUGAACUAGAGGUUAAUUUCUUCUUGCUGAGGCGGCUGCUGGGUGUUAGGACAAAGGACACAGAGAGGCAGGGUAAGGUGACAAAGCUGACAAAGGGGGAGAUGCUAAUGUUGAACAUAGGAUCUAUGUCAACCGGAGCUCGUGUUGUUGCUGUCAAGAAUGUGUUUGCAAAACUGCAGCUCACGUCUCCUGUGUGCACCAGUAAAGGAGAAAAAAUUGCAUUGAGUCGAAGAAUCGAUAGGCACUGGCGUCUGAUUGGCUGGGGUCAAAUUCAAGCCGGUAUCACUCUCGACGUUCCACCCUGCCCCAUCUAAGUGAAUUUUGCUGCACUUACAUAACUUAUUCAUCAAUUUUCCCGAACUAACUUUAAUUUUCUCCCUGAAUCUUUUAAUAUCAUGUUUGUAGUAGACAUUGAUAAUUUCACGUAAGAUAAAUUGCAUUACAGAUA